CUCUGGAAGAGGAAGCGCAGGGAAAAAAAAAAAAAAUUCUGCCCGACCCAAACUCCGGCAAAGCGAGUCCAACGACGGAGCCCAGCCUGGAGCGAGCUGGGACCCUCACCAGAUCUCGGGUUGGAGGGAUCCCCUCAGACGGGGAGGGACCCCAUCCUCCAGCUCACACCGCAGGGGGCCCCCCGGGGUCACCCCCCGACUCAACUCCCAUCCGGCUCCGGUCUUCUGCCACCGCUGAACUCUCUCCCUUCGCUCUGAGGGGACUUGGAUUUCAGGCCAUCUCUCUCCUCGCUCCGGGCUCACCCCUCCAUCCUCCUAUGGAAGCGGAUCGCAUGUGAGUCCUCCCCCCGCCGGCCAUUCCCCUCCGGCCCCCUCGGCCAUCUGGGUGCCCGGGAGAGCGUCCACUGGUACCCGUUGGCUCUUGCUCUUCCCACCCUCUCAGUAAUAGUCGUGUUGGCAAUUAGGAGUAGCGAUGAUGACUCUUCCUGCAUCUGCUAAAGGGCCUUUUCUCUGAAGAGCUCCUUACCAGGCCAGUCGCCUUCAAGACUCUCCGCUCGCAUGAUCCCCUCUCCCAGGCCUCCUAACUCCAAAAUCCUUCGUCUGCCUCAACUGCUACAUCCUUACCACCGCCCGCUGCAGACCCCACCGCAGCUCUUCUGAGCCCCACUUCCCUCACUCAACUCUCCCUCCUGCAUCAACUUCCCUCCACCGCCGACCAUCCCCAAGGCCCUUCAGGCCUUCCCGUGGUUGCUGGACAAAUUUCACGAGUACCGUCCGGCACCAUGACCUUCCCAGAGAUCCUGGAGCGGGUGGGCAGCCUGGGCUUCUUCCAGAUCCGCCACCUGGUCCUAUUGUCCAUUCCGGUGCUCAUGAUGGCCAGCCACAACCUCCUGCAGAUCUUCAGCGCAGCCACACCAGCCCACCACUGCCGCCCGCCUCCCAACGGCUCUGGGGACGGCAUCGACGCCCCCCACGGGCUGGACCCCCAAGCCCUCCUGAAGGUGUGGGUGCCCCUGAGGCCUGACGGAGAGCCCGAGAGGUGCCGCCGUUACAAGCAACCUCAGUGGCACCUGGCUCAGCCCAACGCCAGCCUCCCCAAUGGGACCCAGCUGGACACAGAGCCCUGCCAAGACGGUUGGUCCUUUGACCACUCCAUGUUUACCUCCACCAUUGUCACUGAGUGGGACCUGGUGUGUGAAUCCCGGAAGCUGAAGGAGAUGGCUCAGUCAGUGUACAUGGCAGGCGUGCUGGUCGGAGGGAUUGUGUCUGGAACCUUGUCCGACAGGUUUGGGAGGAAGCUGAUCCUGGCUGCGGCCUACCUGAUGAUGGCGGUGACCAGCACCUGCACCGCAUUCGCCCCCAACCUCAUGGCCUACAUCGUGUUCCGCUUCCUCAGUGGCGCCAGCUUUUCCGGGAUCAGCCUGAGCACGGUGAUCCUAUGUAUAGAGUGGGUGCCCAUGCCGCUGCGGGCCAUCCAGUCGACACUGACCGGGUACUGUUACACCAUAGGGCAGUUCAUCCUUCCCGGCCUGGCCUAUGUCAUCCCAGAGUGGCGCUGGCUGCAAUUGGCGGUGUCGGUCCCGUUCUUCAUCUUCUUCCUGCAAACCUGGUGGAUAGCGGAGUCCGUGCGCUGGCUGGUUUUGAAGGGCAAACCGGAGAAGGCCCUGUGGGAGCUCCAGAGAGUAGCGACCUGCAAUGGGAAGAAGGAGGAGGGAAACAAACUCACUGUGGAGGAACUCACCUUCAACCUCCAGAGGGAAAUAACUUCAGCCAAGUCCUCCCACAGUGUGAUGGACCUCUUUCGGGUGCCUGCUCUGCGUCUCAUCACCUGCUGCAUCUCCCUGGUGUGGUUCGCCACCAGCUUUGCCUACUACAGUCUGGCCAUGGACCUGGAGGGCUUUGGAGUCAACGUGUACCUGCUCCAGGUGAUUUUCGGUGGGGUCGAUAUCCCAGCCAAGCUCAUCGCCAUCAUUAUCAUCAGUUACCUCGGACGCCGGACCACCCAAGUCUUAUCCCUGAUUCUGGCCGGUGGGGUCAUCCUGGCCACCAUCUUUGUACCCAAGGACCUGCAGACCUUGAGGACCGGGUUGGCAGUGUUCGGAAAGGGUUGUCUCUCGGCUUCCUUUAGCUGUGUCUUCCUCUACACCGGGGAGCUCUACCCGACGGUGAUCCGGCAGACUGCAAUGGGGAUCUGCAACAUUUGGUCACGGGUGGGUAGCAUGCUGUCCCCCCUGGUCAAGAUCAUGGGGGAGGUGUCCCCAUUCAUCCCUGUCAUCAUCUACGGAACAGUGCCCAUCAUGGCGGGCAGCUUUGCCUGCUUUCUGCCAGAGACCCUCAACGUGCCCUUGCCAGAGACCAUCGAAGAUGUGAACAGGAAAAAAGGGAGCAGGAAAAGCAAGGAAGACCACAAAGUGAAGAUUCCCCUUCAUUUCCAUGAGUCUGACAAGGACACCAGUUAAGCCCUGCAUUGCUGGCUUUCUCUGGCUGCUGAUGGAAUCUUCCCAGAAGACUAGGGGACCAUCCCCCCACCGCUCCAUCCCCCUCCACGUCCUGAACCCCGGCUCCUUCUGGCAGACCCUCCACCCUCCCCCGCCUCUGGACCAUCCCGAUGCCAACAACCACAUCUGCCCCGUUUUGUGUUUGGAAAAGAGCCGGUUCGAAAUGGCCCUUUAAAUUCCAAAGACUCUA